AUGGACUCAAACGAAGUCCUCUUGCGGCCGGGCUAUACUUCCAAGUGGACAGGAUUGUGCUACGAUCUCGAGUUUCUGGAGCCUGAUGGCAUCGAUGCAUCAGUUCUCAUCAAGACAACAAUCAAAGCUGGUCAUCCACUGUUAGAGAAGGGCAAGAAGCAUCCCAUAGUAGGUCACUUCAUCCGAGCGUCUUCAACGGCUGACCGUUCCGGCAAGAGUCCUCCGCUUCAUGUGCACUUCGACCAAAGCGAGUCUUUCAAAGUGCUUUCUGGGAAAUUUGGUCUCACAACAGGCUACGAGCAGACCGAUCUCAUCUUGACUCCUGAAAGCGAGGUGCAGCAUGUUCCGCCGAUGCAGCCUCACUAUCCUUGGGUCGUGGCCAAUACCAGUGGAGAAGACACGGUGAUACUGGUGUGGGCCCAUCCGACAAGUGUGCCAAAGGCCAUGGAUGAUGAGUUCUUUGAGACGAUAUUCAUGCAUGCACGAGACAAACUCAUGUGGCGUGAUCUUCCCGAGUGCCUGGUGGCUUGGCGACUUGAGAUGGUGGAUUCCGUGGAAGCUAGAAGAAGCAGCAUAUUCGCCGCGAAGAUUGCGAGCAGGCAGUAUGUCAUGUUUUCUUCACGAGUCGUCUCGAGUGUUGCUGCCCAGGACAUGCGCUUCCCUACGCUCGCCCGUGAUGUGGGGAGUAUCAUUCUUGGCGAUCUUGCAUUGGAGACUGAAAAAGUCAGCCCCCAGCUUGCUUGUAGUUAUUUGCAGCGCAAAGGCUACCGUGUGAUACCUGUCAACCCCGGGAAUGCUGGGAAAGAAUUACUCGGUGAGACCGUGUACGCAAACUUGCGAGACGUCCCAGACAAGGUCGAUAUGGUCAACGUGUUUCGGGCGUCGCACUCGGUCAGUCCCAUCGUGGAGGAUGCAAUCGCCGUGGGGGUCAGCGUGGUCUGGAUGCAGCUCGGUGUCCGCAACGACGAAGCCGCCGCAAAAGGCGAGGCAGCAGGCAUCGAAGUGAUUAUGAAUCGCUGUCCGAAAAUCGAAUUCGGUCGUCUGGGUGGCGAAUUGUCCUGGGGUGGCGUCAACUCUGGCAUCAUUCGUAACAAGGCCGCGCAGGCGCCGACCGAUCGCCUGAAGCGCCCUCUGCCAGCGGCCAACAUUGAAUAUGGCUUCGAAACACGCGCAAUUCACGCUGGCGCUGCACCAGACCCAAGUACUGGAGCUCGUGGCACCCCGAUCUACCAGACCACCGCCUAUGUCUUUGACGAUGUCGAUCACGCUGCGUCGCUGUUCAACCUGCACAACUUUGGCUUCAUCUACAGUCGACUGACUAAUCCAACUGUUUCCGUGCUGGAGGAACGUGUCGCCAGUCUAGAAGGAGGCCGCGCUGCCGUCGCCGCAGCCUCGGGACAUGCCGCGCAAUUCCUGGUCUUUGCGACAAUGCUGGAGCCAGGCGAUGAGUUCCUGGCCUCAAGCAAGCUUUACGGCGGCUCGCUCACCCAAUUCGGGCUUUCGUUCAAGAAGCUGGGCUGGCACUGCCAUUUUGUAGACCCUACCGACCCAGAGAAUUUCCGGCGCAGCCUCACGCCCAAAUGCAAGGCUAUCUUCAUCGAGAGCCUGGCCAAUCCCGGCGGCAUCAUUUCUGAUAUUGCUGCCAUCGCUGAAAUCGCCCAUUCCGCUGGCCUGCCGUUGAUCGUCGACAACACGCUCGCCACUCCUUACCUGUGCCGGCCUAUCGAAUGGGGAGCGGACAUCGUCGUCCAUUCCACCACCAAAUUUCUCGGCGGUCAUGGAAAUGCAAUGGGCGGUAUCGUUGUUGAGUCGGGCAAAUUCGAUUGGACCCAGGGGGAUAAAUUUCCAUCUAUGACCGAGCCCGAACCUGCGUAUCACGGCCUACGCUUUUACGAAAAUUUUGGCGAUUUUGCCUUCACCACCAAGGCCCGCGCAGUUGCACUACGCGAUUACGGUCCAACACUGGCGCCGAUGAAUGCCUUUUUGACGAUCACAGGCAUCGAAACGCUGCACCUGCGCAUGGAGCGACACUGCAGCAACGCGCAAGCGGUCGCAGAAUACCUCGCUCGUGAUCCGCGCGUCGCCUGGGUAUCCUACGCCGGCCUCGAAACCAGCCCUUACCGAGCAUUGGCGAAGAAAUACCUUCCGAAAGGCUCAGGAUCCGUGUUCACGUUUGGCGUCAAGGGCGGUUACGAAACAGGCUGUAAAAUCGUCGAGAGCGUCAAUUUAUUCUCCCAUCUCGCCAAUGUUGGCGACACGCGCAGCUUAAUUUUGCAUCCUGCAUCGACUACACACCGGCAACUCAGCGACGAGCAGCGCGAAGCUGCGGGUGCCGGGCCUGAUGUGAUUCGCUUGUCGAUUGGUUUGGAAACUGCGGACGACUUGAUUGCCGAUCUGGAUAGAGCGUUGGGAUAA